UCUAUCUUACAGGUGGCGUCAUACCGGCGUGAUAUCAUGACAAUGUUUCGCUCAAUUGGCAACUCUGUAGCAGCGCGCUGUCGUUAUCCAAGAUGCAUAGCCUUUACUACUCACUCGGAUACUUCAUUAAUCAGGACCCAGAGCAUUGCCAAUAUCUUACCACGGCCUGUUAAUGGCCGUGGUAACCAUUUUGUUAAUACCUUAUCGCAUAAAUAUCCAAGUCGUGCCGUUAUCAGCCAGUUUCCAGACACCAGGUGCUACAGUUCCACUGUUGAUUUCGAGGUACGGAGGCAUAAGCUUAAACCGCGCAGGAAACAGCUAGUUACGUUAUCAGAGAAGGCAGUUGCCAGGCUAAAGGAAAUCUGUAAUGACCCUUCACGCAUAGUUAAACUAUUCUUUGUAGUUAAAGGGUGUAAUGGCUAUUCCUAUGAAAUGGAAAUCGUUGAUCGCAAUUCUCUAGACGAUAUGGAUGAGCUCAUCAGUGACGAUAGUGGUACCAGCGUGCUUGCCAUUGAGAACAAGGCUGCGUUCCACAUGCUUGGGUGCCAUAUUGAUUACGAAAUAUCGCCAUUAGAAGAGGGUUUUGUUUUUAGUAACCCUAAUGUCACAUCCAAAUGUGGAUGUGGUCAAUCAUUUAGAUUUUAGUUAUCUAGUGGAUUUAAGUGACACC